AUGGCCAUCUCAACGCUUUACCCUUCCGUAUUGUCAGUACUUUGUCUACUAGGCGUAGCUGGUGGUUACCAGGAGCUCUAUGCUACAGCAGGUACUACUGUUUCGCGGAGGCUGCUAGCGCUCAAUCCCAAGGCCGGCGAGCAGAGCGCUUUAGCAUUGCAGGCUGUGUCCUCGCUGUCGGCCGCCAUCAUUCCAGAUCUCAAGGCUCCUCCACGGCCAUCACCCGGUGGAUACGGCCGUCCAUCAGCCCUGGAGCCAUCGCGGUCGCUGCCGCCACCACCGCUGGAAUCGGUUCCCUCCGGGAGCCCUUCCUCCUCAACUGUGUGUACCUUUCCCUCCUCUUCCUCGAGUGGUGGUGGGGGCAGUGUCCCGGUUGCCGGUCUGGAGGGGGGCGGGUGCACUGAUGCGCAGGCGACCCUAGAUCGGAUCAACCGGCUGCGGGCGCUGCACCAGGUGGCUCCGCUUUGUUGGAGCAGCGAGCUGGCGGCGGCGGCUCAGAGCUCCGCGGACCUGCUGGCGGCCGGCGGCUGCACUGCCCCGCUGGUGCACUCAUCUCUGGGGGAGCUGCUGUACUGGCAAAGUGGGGUGUCGGAGCUGGGAGUGUGCAGAUACGCAGUGGCGGACUGGUACAGCGAGAGUGGGUUGUACAAGUACUCCCGCACACCCUUCACAGACAACGUCCUCAACAGCCGUAACGACAUCAGCCACUUCACCCAGGUGGUGUGCGGGGGGUUGUCCAACUGUAUGACGUGGGUUGAAGCGGGCUUGGUGGUGGUGGUGUUAGUUGUGGUGGCCGCCAGGGGGCUCGUGUGGCGCUCGUCAUACAUGGUGGGAUGCGGUGUCCAGAAGUCCGCAGUGGGCUACUACAGCCCCUGUUCCUAUGUGGUGUGCCGCUUUAGCAGCCCAGGCAACCAGAAGGGCGACGUUUUCUUCCUGCUUAACGCGGAGGUAUGUGAUAUGACGGAUUGGGGCUGCUCUCGGCCAUACAAGCGUGAGGUUUUGAGAGGAGGGGAUGCAUGGUGGUUCGAGUGCUACCACCCAAGUCGACCUGAGCGUUCCCGCUCCAUGUAG